AUGAAUCGUUACUUUCUUCCAAGUUCAAACCCUGCACUUCUGUCGUCAACCAUCCAUAAAUCGAUCUACCUUCCACCACCGGUCGCCCAAAUCGACUCUCUUUCGUACCCAACCGAUCAUCAACAAUCCGGGGUCGACGUCCCACCAGCGGAGACGAGGCAGACGAUCGCCCCACCCCGUCCGACUGGAAACUUCCUUUGCAUCUCUUUGCUGCUUCGAUGGUCGCUACCACCGCUUAACCACCGACCAACUAUGCUAACCCCUUUUUCUCAUAAAGUCGGCUUCAGGUGUUCAGCUUGGGCUAAAACCCUUCAGAAUCACCGACUUUCUCCACCGCAUUUGUUUCUGGGUAUUUCCACAGUGUUCAAUUCAAGCUCUCCGUUCGUCAAUCACAGAACCACAACGCUAACUGCACAACUGGUGGCGCUCAACAGCGGCGGUGCUAAUCGUCGGAGGGUGCAGCGGCGGUGUUCUACCCUGCGGCUUCACUCUUGA